UAAUAACCUUUGCUUACCAGCUCUAAUGAUAGGAGAUAAGAGUCUACAGACCAUGGAGUAUGUGGUGUUGAUCAUAGGAUCCAUACUCUGGUUGUUCUGGAUUGUGUCCUCAGUUCUUACAAUAGUUGGUGCAGUACAGAGAAAGAAAACAUUCUACAUCCCCUGGUUUGUGGCUACGGGCUUGCAGUGUUUCUUAAUGUUGUUCCAAUGUUUUUACAUGACUGUAGUUUUGACCUCGGCAGGCAUAGCAUGGACAAUUGCUGUAAUAGCAGUACAAUUAAUCGUGCUGGGCAUUUGUAUCUAUGCCAUGGUUUGUGUUGGUAUGGACUUGAAAUGCAUGAACAGAGAACAAAGGGUUUGUCAACAUGCAUUUGUCCCCAUGGCACCUGUUGGGGUUGGAGCCAGCGCCCCAGGGGCCUACCCCCAGGGUUACCAGGCGCCCCAGGGGCAGUAUCCAGUGGCUUACUAUGCAGUCUGCCCCCAAGGGGCGACCACAGGGCCAGCUCCUGCUCCCCCAGCAUACCAGGAGAAGCCCCACCCAGAUAAUUACCAUUAA